UGUAUUGAUGGAUGUAGUUGUCCUAUUUGUUUAGAGAUUGAUGCAUGCUUGAAUGAUGCAACUACUUCUUCUCAUGAUUUGUUUAAAAUAUCUCCUAUGCUUGAUCUUGAAAUGCUUGAGAAGGGUAUAUCUUCUUGUGUUGUAGGUACUAAAGCCAUUAAGGCCGAAUCUAUGAGUUUUUCUCCACUCGAGCUUGAUGUUCUUAGGAUUCCCAAGCUAUUGGAGGAAAAUUCUACACUUUCACAUGUCAAGGCCGUGGCUCAAGUCCAAGCACUUGAGGACAAGUUGCAAGAAAAGGGGGAGGCUGUAAAGAAAGAAGAGGAGAAAUCAAAAACAAGUGAGAAGCCUAAAAGACAAGAUAGUACCAUGGAAUAUUCCACCAAAUUAGACUUGAAGAAGCUCAUUCCCUCUUGUGUAGAGCCACCUACCUUAGAGUUGAAGCCUUUACCAUCCAAUCUCAAGUAUGCAUAUCUCAUUGAGAAUGAGAAGCUUCCGGUGGCAUGUGACUUGUGCAUCAAUUGGGCAAUUGAGGUCAACACUCCUUGAGGACAAUGGCUGAUGGUUUGCACGUGAAUUAUGAUUAUUUUGAGGGAUUAGAUCAGCUAAAAUGAUGUGGAUGACACAUAGGAAAUUAGGCACACAUUGGAAUCAUCUACAAACCAAUAGGAAGUUGCCACCUUGCAAGUGUGACAAGGCUCCCAUUUACAUUUUAAUUUCUUUUUCCUUAUUUUAAUUAAGCUUCAGCUGAUGGGAGACACCAAGGAGCACGCCAUUUUAAGUCCCAAAUGGGAUCCAACACAUAUCUCAUUCAUCUUCCACAUUCUCUCUCUCUUGUUCAUAGUGUUCUUCAUUUUCUGUCUUUUGUUCUUCAUUUUCCAGCACCCUAACCUCCAUUUUUCAGCCACCAAACCUCCACAAAACUCAUACCAUUCUUCUCCUCUCUUCAUUUUCGUUCCAUCCCUUCCAUUUUCACAAGGAUUGAAGCUCAUUUUCAUCAUUCAAGAGCUAUGGAGUUUGGCCUUCACAAGCAAUCACUAGGGUUCUUGAAGAUGAAGAUUGGCUAAGUUUCUUUAUGGAAUCCUAGAGAGAUGAAGAUGGAGGAUGAGUCUUGAGCUUCAAAUUGGCUAAGU